AUGUCUAUGAUCCAAGCAUUUUCGUUACUAAAAGACGUCAAGCCCUACAAACAGGGCUGGCGAGUCCAAGUUAAGUUGCUUCACUCCUGGAGGCAGAAAACCAAUUAUGGAGGAGAUACCCUUGAGAUGAUAUUCACAGAUGAAACUGGUGUUAAGAUACACUGCUCGGCCAGGAAGACUCUCAUAAAAAAACCAGAGAGUAAAAUACGGCUUGGUGAACGGCGACUCAUAGACACAUUUACAGUGUCUCACGCAAGAGGACAGUACCGUCCCACAGACCAUACUUACAAAAUGUCUAUCAUCGAAGACACCUCUAUAGACCAAAAUGUAGUUGGUCAAGUAUCCAGUCUUCGUAACAUCCAAACUGUCCAAGUUGCUGGGAAUGAUAAGAAAAAAAUUGAAUUUCGCUUAAUGGACAUCAAGGGUCAAAACAUUGCAUGUUGUUUGUGGGGUAAAUAUGCAGAACAACUUGAAGAGCAUCUCCAACAAACAAAUAAUCCUAAUAUGGUGUGCAUGAUCCGCUUUGCUAAAAUUGGGUUUUACAGAGGAGAUGUGCAGAUAACCAAUGCUUUUGAUUCAUCCCUGAUUUGUUUCGAUCCUGACUUACCUGAAUGUCUGGCUUUAAAAAACAAUAUGCCAAAUGAUGAGUUUGCUCUUGCUCUAACUGAUACAAAGAAUGAUAAGCGUCCGAUCAAGGAUCAAAUUGAUGAUUGGAAUGAUGUGGGUAUUAAAUCUAUCUCUGAAAUCAUCAUGGCAACUCAGGAUGAGGAUUGCAAAAUAAUUUGCUCAAUCGAAUCUAUUGAUACGGAUUGGAGCUGGUUUAUUUUUGUUCAUGUUAGCCGGAACAGGUGUAACAAACGUUGCCUUCGAAUCAAAUCAAAGGAAGGUGGUAAUUUGCCUACAAAUGAGAAACCAUUAUUCUGGUGCACAUCAUGUCGUGUUAAUACACCCACCGUAACCCCACAAUUCAAAUUGCAUCUGAUUGUCAAGGAUGACACAAGUACUUUCAAACUGAUGCUUCUUGAUUCUGUUGCUAAAGUCGUUGUGGGCUGCGAUGCUAAAGAUAUUUGGGAUGGUUCCUAUGAAGAGAUUGAAGAUCCAGAUAUUUUGCCUCAAGCUAUAACAGAUUUGGUUGGAAAAUCUAUUUGUUUUGGUCUUACUCUUGGCUCUGAAAAUGUUAAAAAUGGAUCAGACAUCUUUCUGGUUUCACAAGUAUGGUCUGGUGAUAAUAUUCUCCAAAUCGAGUCCAACUCUGAGCCUAUUACUCAUGUUAGCUCUGCUUCAUCAAUAAUGUCCGGUGGAGAGGUUUCUUUAACAGAAAAAAGUGAAGCAAAUUCAUCAGAAGGUUCUUCAACCCCAUUUUCAAAGCGUAAGGAAAAAGAUCAAGUUGACCAGACUUCAACUUCCAAAAAACUUUGCACCAAGGUGGUGAAGAUGGAGAAGAUUAAAGAUGACGAGCUGAAUGUUUAG